GAUAAGAUUUGUCCUUGUAUCGAUGGUGCUUCCUUCACAUGCCAACUCAUCCACAAUUUGUUGUCUUCUCUCUUUAAGUUCCCUUGGGCAGGGGGAUGUUCUUGCAAACCCGCGGCAGCAGCACCAUGUAAUUCGAUGCCAGAUUUCCAUUGUUUCCCAUCGUCCCACCUGAUGUGGUAACAUGCUUCUCCAUGAAUCGUACUGUUCUUAUUUGUUUUGUUAUUUAAGAUUAGCUUAGUACCUUCUUUUCUAAUCCAUAGAUACAUUCUUUAACGGCUAAUUGUUGUCAUAGAUUCAUGUCACAGCAAUUGCGACGAGCACUGGCUCAUUAAUCUUGUAGUUUAUAGAAUGUGUUACUGUUUCUUAUAUGUAUAUGUUUUCCAAGUACCAAUAACGUUGAAGUACCUACCUACAUUGGAGGGAGUGUUGAGAACCUUAAAUUAUUAUCCUGUUUUGCUUUUUCGAUCUUCAACAAAACCUACCUAUCAAAAGAUAAAAAUUCACUAGUAGGAUACCAUAACCCAUGGUUGAUGGUUCGCUUUGAACAUCAUAAAAUAUUUUUUGUUGCACCCAAUGCAUUUUGCAUAGACUUUACAUAGAUGUAGCAUAUAUAGUAUAUCUGAUGGCGUGUGUUCAAUAUAAAGUAAAUUUUCCAUUAAACUUCUGUAGAGAUUGCCAUCAACCUUUGCUUCACUAUCGUUCAUUCAUAUCUACACCUAUUUUAGAUUUUGUAGAUGAUUGCAACUCUCCAUGUUAAACUUUUGGAUGCAAAUCAUUUAUAUUUACACCUAUUUUAGAUUUUGUAGAUGAUUGCAACUCUCCAUGUUAAUUUGUCAUAUCAUCUCGUCUGAUUAAUUAUUUCCGUAACUCUUGAAAAAAAUAAGUUUUCAUUAUUUCACUUUCAUUCGUAAAUAAAUUUUUAAAAUUUCUUCGAGGAGUUUGAAAUUUAACGAUUAAUAUCUUAAUGAUGUCGUGGUACUCUUACUCCAAGAUCUCUCAAGUCUCGUUAGAAUUUAUUAUAAUAAAAGAUUCAGAGAAAUAUAAUCUCAUCAACUACAUGUUGAAGGGAAUAGUAGACAUAGAUCUUUUCUUUGAUUUUCUUCGGUAGUUCUAGCUAUAUCAUAACAUUUUUCAACGAUCUCUCAUAAAUCUUAUCAUUGUCAAAUAAUUAUCUUCUUUCAAAAUUGGGUCUGUGUAUUACUUCUUGCCAAAAAAAAAAAAAGACUUAGAUAUCACUUUGUUGAGAAUGAGAUAAAAACAAAACACCAAUAAAAAAAAAUCAAAAUAAUUUAAAACAUAAAAUACUUCUUUAAAGAAACCUAAUUACAAUCCCUCUACCUACGUUAUGCAACCCCUCUAUUUCUGCUCAUUGGAUGUGACUUAGUGUUCUCAUAGACGAAGAGUUUGAAUAUAUUAGGAUCUAUCUAAAUCUUAGAGUUUAAAAAAUAAGAUCUGUUUGUGUAAACAAUUUUAUGCCGUGGCCUCGGGGCCGACACGGCUUGUUUCGGGUCCGAAUAGCGGGGAUCUUGCUCAAGGUCUCUCGGGGUUGCUGAUGUGGGCGACUGUGCGGAUCAGAUCACGUCGAGGCUCGUCAGGACGUCUCGUAUGGAAGGGUCUCUUUCCUCGACAUUGAUGGGGAAGUAGCUCCGUCUUCGUACCUGCACACAGGUUGAGUCAAAGCUCGGCCCGGCCUCUCCGAUGAUCCAGUCAGAUGAAGUGAAGAUGUCUUUUUUUGUGUGUGUUUCCUCCUUUUUUUUUUUCUCCCCUUCCCAUUCAGAAUGCGAUGGUAUUUAUAGGAAAGUUUACUGUGCCCGCUUGCAGAGGGCAGGCUCAUACUCCUGGUAGCGUCUGCCACUGGUGUUGGCGUGGCGUGAAGGAUUGGGUCUAAGCAGGGCGUUAAUGCGCCUCGGCCGACGUUCUGGUCCAUUUGACCGGGUGUUGUCGGGUCGAUGGAGGCGUGAGGCGUCAUCUGAGGCAGCUGACGUCGGCUCGAGUCGAGUCUUGUCGCCAUUAUUUUUUAUAGUCUAUAAACAUAGUGUUUUAAUAUAUUAGGAUUUAUCUAAAUUAGACAGCAUAGACCAAUAAAUUAUUGUCUAAAGAGCCCCAAAUUAAUUAAAUCAUUAGCAGCACAAGGGGGAUUCGCAAGCUGACGAGACGUUUCAGUGGCAAGUAGCAGUCAAUCUUCAAUAGCAAAACUCUCAUUCAAGACAGACACCUGAUGUGGCCUCAAACCUCAACAUGUACUCGAACUGAUCGGUCAUUGCCACCAUAAGAAUUACAAGGUGAAGUAAUUAUGAGUGAUGGAAUUGCCUGGAGGGAGCAUGCCAUGGCUGAUUCCUUUUGUGGACCAAGCUGCUCAAAGCUUUUAGUGUCACGGCCGGCAGUGGCAUUGCAAUCGAAGCUACGGCCAUGAUGUUAAUGCAUGUGCUGCUGCUUCUGUACUCAUGUCAGUGCUACAUACGGAGAUACUUUCGACGGUCAGCUAGAAAGGUUGGAGUUCCAUUCCCUUGUAUGCUUCCUAACUUCUUCCAUGGUAUGUAAAUUUGCAUCACUAAAGCCAUAAACAAUUGUACGUCAUGCAAAUGGAAGCACAGCUGUGGCAUCCUUGUUCCUGUCACAAUCUUUUUCUUUUGGCCCCAGAGCCAGCCAUCAUGAUCAUCAACCGGUCUCCAUGUCUUGCUUAAGAAAUGGUCGUCAGAUUGGAGAAGAAGAUGAGAGAUAGAACAGAAGGAUCAAAUAUUUCAGUGAGGGCACAGUGUCGGGAUAAGUAACUCUUACAUAACAGAGAAGGCUACGAGUCAAUUCUGUACUAAUUAUAGCUCCAUAACUGUCCUUUAAAUGUAGUUUUUUUCAGGUCGUAUUUGGAGAGAAGUUGUUGUCUUAUGUGUUGCUUACUGGAAAAUACCUUCUGCAGCACUCUCUGCCCCGAUCUGAGCUUUAUUCAUUUCGCUCGGAAGUAAAAGUGUCAGGUUCGAGUUCUUUCUCGAGUUGGUGUGGACUGAGAUAGUUUGCGACGAUAGACUCUGAUGCCACCAACUCUGAGACCAUCAGAUGUAACUCGUCUUGUAAAUGUUUCAGCAUGCAGAUGCGAGAAAUUGAAAUGUUUUUUUCCUUUUUGUGCAAGUGAGUGAAUGGGAGAGUUUACAUUCCAAGCGCGUGCCCUCAUGCAGCCCAAGAAAAGCCAACCAUUCCUUUUGCUUCGUUCGGUUCCACUAAUCCCAAGCCUAGUGAACAUAUUAGCCGCAGAUGGUCGAUGUUGACACAGCAGGUUUGCGGUCAAACGCCAAGGAUGGAGCGUCUCCCUCUCCUUCAGCGCAUCGCCGAGCACCCAUCGCAUGACAGCCAACAUGAACCGUCCACCUUUCAGCGGGCCACUCCCGACCAACACAGAUCUCCCUCGUGAAUUCUUUGAUCCUACGGACAACAACCGCUGCUCUGUCCCCACCAUCAUUCCCUCGCCCACGCUCACAUCGCACGCAAAGCUCCCUCCUCUUCUCUUUUACUCCCAAAAUGUUUUCCGUACGUCUUCUCGUCACCCGGUCACUUGCAAGUUUUGGCACUGGCGAAGGAAGGCAUGAGGGGUCCAAAGGGCCCUGUACCUGUCUCCAGUCACAAGGACGGUACGCGAACGGGUCAAAUACAGAUAUAUUGUUCUGUUCUUUUUCCUCCUCCCUCCUUUUCGUUUUAAAUACUCCGAACCGAAAGAGCUCACUCACUUGUCCGCCAAGGCUGAGGGAGGAGGCGUAAUUAUCGCCCAUCGGCUCACGGCCAACGCGUGAUCCGGAUCCGACCGCUCUGAUGGCGCCGUGAUCUCCUUUAAGUGUGUCUUGUGUUGUAGCCUUCUCUGUCACCCUGCUUUAAAAUGGUUCCGAAAGGCAUCGGAUCGACCGCGGAGGAGGAGAUGGAAGCAGGCGGGGAAGAGUCGUACGAGGUGGUGGAGCAAAUCGGGAGAGGGGCUUUCGGCUCCGCCUUCCUCGUGGUCCACAAGACCGAGCGAAAGAGGUACGUGAUGAAGAGGAUCCGAUUGGCGAAGCAGACGGAGAAGUUUCAGCGCACCGCUUACCAGGAGAUGGCUCUGAUCGCGAGUUUGAGCAAUCCUUACAUCGUAGAGUACAGAGAUGGGUGGGUGGAGAAGGGAAGCUCCGUAUGCAUUGUGACCGGUUACUGCGAAGGAGGAGACAUGGCUGACAGAAUAAAGAAAGCCAGAGGAAUCUUAUUCUCCGAAGAAAGGGUUAGCAAAUGGCUGACGCAGUUGCUUUUGGCUGUCGAUUACCUCCAUUCCAACCGUGUGCUCCAUCGUGAUCUCAAGUGCUCUAACGUGUUUCUCACAAGGGACGACGACGUUCGACUUGGUGACUUUGGACUCGCAAAAUUGCUUAAUGCACAAGAUCUUGCUUCUUCGGUUGUGGGCACUCCGAACUAUAUGUGCCCUGAGAUACUAGCUGACAUACCCUACGGAUACAAAUCGGAUAUUUGGUCACUCGGUUGUUGCAUGUUUGAGAUAGCAGCACAUCGUCCGGCCUUCAGAGCUCCCGAUAUGCAAGGAUUGAUUAAUAAAAUCAAUAGGUCAUCCAUCGCCCCGAUGCCUGCCAUAUACUCUUCUUCACUGAAGAGGUUGAUCAAAUGCAUGCUCAGAAAGAAUCCGGAACAUAGACCUACGGCUGCAGAAUUGCUGAGAGACCCCCAUUUGCAGCAGUAUCUUGCUGCAUCGUGGAAUCCUUCUCCUCUGUACCUUCCCAUAAAGUCAAACAACAACGGUGCACAAGAGAAACAGGGAAGAAGGCGAAGCUACAGGGAGUUGCAUGGUGGAAAAGUCGACCAUGGGUGCACUGAGGCAGGAGAAGUUGCACCGACGGAACAAUUGGUAAGACAGAUCAAUGCGGGCCCAUCAAACGAUAUCCUGGCCUUGGACCUUAGUCAUGACGAGAUCAAGAGAAUCGAUCCUGGUAGCUCGAAGAUUUCACUCAGCCGCAUUGCCGCAGUCCACGUCGCAGAUGAGCGAGAGAAGCUAAGCGAACAAAACCUCGUUAAGAUGGCUGCCGCGGCUGAUACGCUUAUAAAGAACGAAGAACCCGAGUUAGAAAUGGAGGCCGCUGAGCCAUUCGUGGGAUCAAAAGCGAUGAAGUCUAAUACUGAGUCCGUACACCGCGAACCAUCAGCGAGCAGCAGCAACAAGGAAGAGGGGCCAAAGAGAGCUGUCAGCAUUCCUCUCUCUCAAAGAGCCAAAACCGAUGCCGAUGACGUGGUCGGCGUUGCCGAAGAAACCUCAUCGGCCAGCACCAUCACGCUGCCUCAUGCGGAUAACGCACAGGCGGAGUGGGAGAGCUUGAAUACAAUUCAGCAGAGAGCUAAUGCUCUGGAGUCUCUGCUUGAGCUAUGUGCGCAGCUGCUACAACAGGAGAGGCUAGAGGAGCUGGCUGGUGUGCUCAGACCGUUUGGGGAAGAAGCAGUGUCAUCCAGAGAGACAGCAAUCUGGUUGACCAAGAGCCUCAUGUCGGUGCCCAAACUUGGAUCGGAUCCCAGAAUCCAUUAGCGCCACUGCUUAUGCUUGGAUGAUCGCCCAGCUGCUGAGCUUUUUCGGAGGAAUCAAUAAGAUUCUUUUUAUUUACUUUCCACGUUCCAUGUAAUGAUUUUUUGAAUCUGUGUGAUGUUAACUGGAAUUAUAAGUCUGACCUAUUAAUAAAAGGAUUCAAACUAUAAAACAAUUUAGUUCUUCUA